AUGUCUCUAAGAGAUAUCCGAAUUGUUGUUGGAAUAGAUUUUGGAACCACAUUUUCAGGUUUUGCCUAUGCUAACAAAGUAAAUUCCGAAAUAUCGACUAACAACAUUUGGCCAGACCAUGUAGGUCAAUUUAAAACUAACACAGCACUAUUGUAUGACAAUGAUUUAAGUGAAAUCAAAGCGUGGGGUCGUUCUGCAUUGGCUGAGAAACCAAGUAAAAGACGUCCACAAAGAUCGAAUAAUUCGAUACACGUUGAAUUAUUUAAAUUACAUUUGGGUGAUAUUCCAGAUGAUGACAAACCGAUAUUACCCGAAAAUUUGCAUUAUAAACAAGCAAUAACUGAUUAUCUCAGAGAAUUAGGUAAAAUUUUCAAAUUUCCAUUGGUGGUAAAAGAUACCAUAGACAAACGUUGGCCAGGCAUUGAUUUUUUAAGAAAUGUUCUACUGGUAUUUGCGGUUCCUGCCGAAUUUUCUGAAAAAGUAAAAGGAAUAAUGAGAGAAUGUAUAUAUAACGCAGAGUUAAUAGAGACACCCAAUUCUCAAAAUUUACAAUUUACUACAGAACAUACGUUAAAAGAAUGUUAUGAAUUUCCAGUUGGAAGAACAUUCUUAUUAGUCGAUUGUGGGGGAGGUACUAUAGAUCUUACAACCAGAAAAUUAUUGAGAGGAAAUAAAUUGGGGGAAAUCACUGAACGUACUGGUGGUUUUUAUGGUAGUUCCUAUGUUGACAGAGAAUUUUUAAAAUUUAUUAAACGUAUAGUUGGUGCUUCAGCUCUCAGAUUACUUCAAAAAAAUCAUUAUAGUCAAUUUCAAUAUAUGGUUCAAGAAUUUUGUAGACUUGUUAAAACGGUUUUUACUGGUGAUUUGGAAAGAUUCAACAUUUUCGAAUUUGAUUUUAACGAAUUUUGCCCUGCUAUUAAACAAUAUGUUCAAGGUUCUUUAAGAGAUCAAUUGGAAGAAGAUGAAUGGAUAAUAGAUAUUGAUUUUUAUACCGUUAAAGCAAUGUUUGAUCCAGUAAUUAGUCAAAUAAUCAAUUUAAUAAGUUUACAAUUAAAUAGUUCUCAUAGCGAUUGUGCAGCUAUUUAUUUAGUUGGUGGCUUCAGUGAGUCAAAAUACUUACAAACCAGAAUAAGAUCUGCUUUCAAUUAUAUUCCUCAUAUUUUGGUUCCGAAAGAACCUCUUACUGCAGUUGCUCGUGGUGCAGUUCAAUAUGGUUUAAACAUGAAAACUAUUAAAACUAGAGUAUUAAAAUAUUCUUAUGGUGUUAAACUCGCUUUUGAGUGGCAACCAGGUGAUCCUCCAGAAAGAAGAACUCCAAAGGGAAGAAUUUUUAAAUUCCAUCAAAUGGCAACACGUGGAACCACAGUCGAGGUCGAUCAAGAAUUUUCUGAAGUUUUCGUACCUUUCACUAAAAAGCAAAGAACGAGAACUUAUCGAAUAUACAUUACUCGUAAAAAAACUGCAACAUAUUGCGACGAAGCUGGGAUGAGAUUUCUUGGUGAACUUAAAAUUGAUUUUCAAAAUACUUUUCAUGGAAUGGAAAGGCCAGUACUAUUUUCACUUCGUUUCGGUAAAAUGGAAAUUGAUGCUACUGCAAUAGAUCAAGUUACCGAACAAGUUUACCAAACCACUUUUAAAUUGGAAUUGGAAGAAUCUGAUUCUUUUCUGUAA